GUUUUUCUUAAAAAAUAUUCCUCUCUUCCCCAAACAGAUUCCGAAAAUUAGAAAAUCCAAUUUCUACAUUUUCUCUGUGAAAGAAGAACCCUAAUUUCAUCGAUUCACCGCCAACACACCAUUUUUCUCGAUCGAUCGGUCCGAUUUCUCUUCCGUUACAGGAGAUUGACGAUGGAAUCAUCUUCUUCUGUUAUAACCCCAGAAGAUGUAAUGGGGACACUCAUGAACGAUGGAACAAUUGAUUCCAUGAGGUUGAAAAUCAUUACUCAGCUCAAAGCUAAUGAAGAACUCAAAAAUACCACCAUAAAGAUGGUCGAGCAAAGCAGGGUUCUGAACACCCCUGGUGCAGAAAAGCAGACCAAAAGGGAGCUCUUUGAUGCAUUGCGACAAGAACUUGAGACUUCAGUGCUUGAGAAAGCCUCUAAAUCGGUGUGGGAGCUUAUUUUGGAUAACAAUGGGAUAGGGAAGGAAAUAAGUGAAACUGUUGAACAAGUAUUCUGUCGGUUAAGUGGAAGAGAAGCACCAUUAUUUGUGUCGGAUUUUGGACCUCAACCAGAGAAAGGGAAAGAGAAAAAGUGUGGACAGAAAGAGGAAAGCAGUGAAACUGGGAAAGAUAAUUCUGAAUCUGCAGCAAAGAAGAGAAAGAUGAACACAGAAGAGGAGUUUGAUGAAGCUGUCUGCAAAUCUAGUGACAAAUCACCCUCACCAGAUGAUUAUAGUAAAAUGCUGCCACCAAGUGUGAGAAGUCAAAACACUUCCUGAAUCAACUCCAUUGUGUCUUAUCCAGCUUUUAGUGAGGGUAUUCUUUUCUCCCUGCCCUCUUUUUUGUUCGUAGAUAGAAUCUUUUUUUCCUUUACUGGAUCAACAUGUUUAAUACUAAAAAGUUACUAUUUAUCUCUAGGUGUUAGCUUCUUGAAAUCUAUGUAGCUGUAUCAGUUACUCCCGAGCUUCCAGAAUAUGAGCAUUGCUUUAUUUA